AUGGUUAUACCGUGUAUAAUAUUCAUCCUAGUGACUAUUGUUAACAGUUCUGAUUCAGAAGACAUCACAGAUACUGUAGUUGUGAGAUUGUCCACAGACCCUGAGUCUUAUAACAGCUUACGACGUCAUUCUGGCUUGGUUAUCAAGAAGAAGAUUAUUUUUGUGGAACAACAAAUCAGACGUGAUAGAGUUAAAAGAAGUAAUGACCCAGAGUGGAACAGUUCAUGGCAUUUAAAUGACGAGAUAAUGCCAUCGAUGAGGAUAUCUAGCGCCUGGUCAGCAGGAUAUAAUGGCGGUGGAGUGACCAUAGCAGUGGUAGACGACGGUGUGGAAACCACCCAUCCAGAUAUUGAUGAUAAUCUGGAUACAGAUAAUGAUUACGAUUAUUAUGAUGAUGAUGACGACCCAAGUCCUGCUAACAAAUUUGACAGUCAUGGUACACAGAUAUCUGGGUUGCUUGCUGCAGAGAAGGGUAAUGGUCAUUGCUCUUUGGGCGUGGCUUAUGGAUCAACAAUACUUGGUGUACGUGUAAUUGGAGGCCCCGGUGUAACUGAUGUUGAGGAAGCUCAGAGUCUUAGACAUUAUGUACAGGGAGUGGACAUAUACAGUAUGAGCUGGGGACCACCAGAUGGAUACGGAUUCUCUACGUUAGGAACAUUGGCUACAGAGGCCAUCAGAGAGGGUAUCACCACUGGAAGAAAUGGUAAAGGUUCAAUAUAUGUUUGGGCUGCAGGUAAUGGAGAAUUAGACGAUAACUGUAAUGGUGACGGCUAUGUCAAUAGUAUAUACACAAUAGGUAUAACAGGGGCCCAGUCGGGGAAGAAUGCAUACUAUUCAGAGGUAUGUUCUGCAGCCUUGGCAGCAACGUACGGUGGCAGCAGUCAAGAUAGAUACUUAGUGAGUAUGUGUGUAGAUACUUAUUAA